AUGAACAGAGAGUUAGUGAACGGCAAUGACGUCCAUGACGACUGCAUUCGCACGACGGGCAGUCUGAAGUAUUCGCUUUGGCUGAACAUGAAACCUACACGGACGCAUCAGGCUCAAAGUUGCCUUGUUCGUCAUUCUGUAGCACCACCUUCGAAACCGUACAAGCCUCACAAGUGCACAAAUGGGUGUUUGCCAGUGGAAGAUGAGCCACUGUUGUAUCGAGGCGUGAAUCCGUUGUAUAUACCGAUUUUAUGUGGUUGGAACCGGUUUCAUAUGGUCGUUAACACACCAGAUAAGCGGAGCACCGUGUUCAAUAUUUGUAACAACUGUUGCUUAUAUCGUACGCCUUGCGCGCGAACUUGUAGAAACAUUGAGGAAGUCGUUCAGUACCUUCGGAUGACUGACAGCCACCUGACCCCAGAUUUGUUUUCUUUCGAACCGCUAGUAUGGUUGACGAGAACCUACCAGCCGCUGAAUCCACGAGUUCGCAUUGAUGACAUUUCGGAAGGAGUAGAAGGUAUUAAAAUUGAAUGCAUCAACGAGGUCGAUGAUGACAAGCCAAAUGACUUCGAAUACCGAAAGGACCGGUUUAGCUGCGAUCCUGGCUUGAACUUGACCGUAGCCCAAGAAUUUCUUAGCGGCUGCAGUUGUGAAGACGACUGCAUCAAUCCGCAAGAGUGUUCGUGUCAGCUUCUGACUCUCCAGCAAAACUGUUUUAGUCGAUCAGCCCGAUAUCGAAAUCGGCGCCUGUCGAACAAACCUGUCGUCUACGGCAUAUAUGAGUGCAAUCGGUUAUGCAAGUGCAGCAAACGCUGCGGUAACCGGGUCGUUCAGCAACCGCUCAUGAUGCCCCUUCAGAUUUUCAAAACAGAGCGCUCUGGCUGGGGCGUAAGAACACUUUAUGACAUUCCCAUGGGCACCUUUGUCUGUAUUUAUGCCGGCGGCCUCAUGAGCGAUAAUCGCGCAGAAGCGCUGGGACACAUUUUAGGCGAUGAAUAUUAUGCCGACCUGGAUUUCCUUGGAACAGUGCAAUCACCAUGCAAAUCUUCUCAUAUGAGUGAUACACCGCAAAACUUUGAGCUUCAAUUGUAUCGGGAAGUAUCACCGAAAAUAGCGUCUGAUAACUGUAUUGACGGAUCUUAUCAAGAAAGUUCAUUUGAGAAUAAGAGGCCGCGUAUGUCCUCAACCAUCAAUUCGACGGAUUCGUUGAGUUUGCAGUCACCAGAGACUUCCUUUGGGCCGGACACUCCUCUGACGGACAUCAUUUCCGGCAAAAGUGGGUUAUACACAGUGGAUGCGAAAUUCGUUGGCAACGUCGGCAGAUUUUUUAACCACUGCUGUAGGCCUAAUUUGUUUGUUCAAAACGUAUUCGUAGAUACGCACGAUUUGCGCUUGCCGUGGGUGACGUUUUUUUCAAGUAGACUAAUUGUGGCUGGCGAGGAACUUCGCUGGGAUUAUAAAUAUGAUCUCAACGUGGUUCCACGGAAAUGCAUUGAAUGCGUCUGUGGGAUGCCAAACUGUAGAAAUGUAUUGGUCUAG